AUGGCAUCUGCUGCGGCUCCUCUCAACUAUCUACUUACACUGUACCAGCGAUACGACUCGCUACGCAACUCCAUUGCGUUACUGCGCGAACAGACGCUCAACACACCCGGUAUUGAAGAUUGGCCCUCGGUGCAGACGCACUACUCAAAUCUCUUGUCCCACACGUUUUCAAUUGCAUCUGCACUGCAGUCUGCGACGCCGCAUUUUCUAGCUGCGCAAAUCGCAACUCUAAACGAAUUUCUCGAGGCGGAGGCGCUCGACGCGAAUUUGUUUGGCGACGAGCCGAGUGCGGGUGGCGCAAGCUCGCUCUUGUACGGGAGCGGGAGCAUGUCUGGUCUACCGCCAGUACAUGAUACGGACAAGGACAACACGCUGAAUGUUUUGGCCGUGCAUCCCAGCUUGCCGAUUCCAGACAGCAAGCUCAACUGGCUCGGUACGCUGCUGCGCACGGUACCAGAAAUCGAAGUGAGUGCAGAAGAGGCGCGUAUGGUAGCAAUCUACGACAAGAAGCGCCCAGAAUACGACGAGGAAGCGUUAUCUAUGCAGAUCCGCGCACACGACGAGAAAAGUUUACGCGCGCUUCGUUCCUGGUAUCACUUGUUACAUGCGCCGGACAGUGCAGGAGACACGUAUGACUUUGCCACACGUAUCGUGGACGAGGAAUAG